AUGGGGCUAUGGCCAGUGCCUGCCCCUUGCCUAGCAAGUUCUGUUCCAUUUACACCUCGUCAGCUGCGGCCGGCAGGUGGUGCUUUUUACCCCGUGAUGCGAAGUUGCGAACAGAGGGAGGCACUUGCAGGCCAAGCGCAAAUGGCCUCUGCUCUUCCCUUUCCCUAUACUCCGCAGAUUGUACUGGUAUCUGUGUCUGUAUCCAUAUUGUCCUCUCACGGUCUCACCCCAUUGACCAAACCCAAACAACUUCCCGUGCUCAUGGAUUCCUUGUCUGAUACUUACCAGUCUUUUUAG